CUCUCUUCCACCUCUCAGCGCUCUCCAUUGACUCAGGAUAUCACCAUAGACCCUGGACAUCCUCAGACCAUCCAUUAUUACCAGGCGACGCAUCGCCGCCCACUUCUUGCCUCAUCGCACUCAUCGCACUCCGUGUAAUUUCUUAGUACCAUCGACCUGUUUCGAGCUGAGGCGCACCAUGGCAAACUACGCAAAACAUAAAGCGAUCGUGUCUUCUGCGUACGAGAAGUUCGAAAAGGCAAAAGCAGAGGGCGAUCUGCUCUUCUUCCCUUCCGAGGUCUCUACGCACCAAGACUCCGGUGUGGAGUUCCAAAUCCGACUAUGUCCAGCCCUCCUCCACAAACCCCCACUCCCAACCCCCCAUUUCGACCCCGCCUCCGAAUCAGAUGCGCACACGGGGAAGGGCAAACCCGAUCCGUUCAUGCCUCCCUACGUCCCGAACCUGUACAUCGGAGAGCUGAAAGACGAGGAAGAGGGCGACGAGUACGUUUUCUUGUUGAAUAAGUAUUCUGUGGUGCCGUAUCAUUUCCUCAUGGUCACGAAAGAUUUCCAAAGUCAAACAUCACCCCUCAUGCCUCCCGACCUCGUCAACGCCUACUCAACCCUCGUCGCCGCGCGCAAACUCGGAAAACCACUCUUCGCAUUCUACAACUGUGGCGACGUGAGUGGGGCGAGCCAGCCCCACAAACACCUCCAGUUCAUCCCCAUCGACGACGAAGACGGUCCUCCAAUCGAACAACUCGCCCGCUCCGCACGUCUCGAGACCCCCGACAAACCCUUCUCCCUCCCCACCCUCCCCUUCGCCAACCACAUCCACCGCCUCACCCUCCCCCUAACCCCCUCCCCCUCCCUCCUCGCUCCAACCCUCGCCCAAUCCUACCUCUCCCUCCUCGACCUCAUAAUCUCCACAGUCCGCCACGACCCCACCUACCCCCCCGGCACGCCCUCCUACAACAUCCUCCUCACUCUCCAACACAUCUACGCCUUCCCGCGACGGCACGAGUUUCACGUGCUCGAAAAAUCGGGAGAGAGGUUGAGCGUGAAUGCGUUGGGGUAUGCGGGGAUGUUGUUGGUUAAGGAUGAGGGGGAGUUGGAGGCGGUGAGGGGGGAGGGGAUAGGGAGGGUGUUGAGGAGUGUGGGGUGUGAGAGUAUACAUGAGGAGCAGGUGAGGGGGAGUACGGAGAUGGAUGAGAUAUGA